UAAUUUUAGACAAGAACCCAAGUAGGUACAAAUUCUCGUGAACUUACUUGAGUCCCAAUUCAUCGAGGGCUGAUUAUUCGUAGUAUAUGUUUACAAGGGUCGUCUCGAAGAUUUUGAUGUGGUGAUCAAAACUGGGUGAAAUGAAGUACCUUCCAUCAACAGAGACAAUGUGCACUCAAUUUCACAAGGUUAAACCCUUCUUUGCUGUAGUUUUUCUGCAAUUUGGUUAUGCAGGAAUGGAUAUCCUCUCAAAAGCUGCAUUAAAUAAAAGAAUGAGUAACUAUGUAUAUGUCGUCUAUCGCCAUGCCAUAGCCACAAUUGUCAUGGCCCCUUUUGCACUCAUUCUGGACAGGAAAAUAAGGCCUAAGAUGACUCUUUCAAUAUUUGGCAAGAUAAUACUUCUCGGCUUAUUGGAGUAAGUCUCUAAGCCCCUGUUUGGUCCUCAUUUUUACUUUGAACUCAUUUUAACCAC